AUGUCUUACAUUGCUCAACAGGAUAUGCCAGCACUUCCGGGCAAGGAAUGGAGAUAUGAGAUGCGAAGAGAAUGUCAAGAGAUCAUACCUGGACUUCUUUUGGGACCGUUCCAGGUAUCCAAGGAUCUUGAUACUCUUCUUGCGCUCGGUGUCACCCAUAUACUCUGUAUUCGUGAUCCGAAGGAGGCUUUCCUCGUCAAGGCCCGCUUUAAAGAUCGCUUUCAGUACAUGGUGCUGGACGUGAUGGAUAAUGAUGAUCAAAAUCUUAUUAGCCUGUUCAGCGAGCCAAAACAAUUCAUUUAUGAUGCCAUCAACGGUGGAGGAACCGUGCUUGUCCAUUGCAAUGGUGGUAUUAGUCUUUCGCCGACUUUCGUCAUCCUCUUCAUCAUGCAGCACAACUCGAUGUCCUACACUGAAGCCUUGCAUUAUGUUCAGAACAAGAGAUACUGUAUUUCCCCCAAUACUGGCUUCAUGGCCCAGUUGAAAGAGUAUGAACCAAUCUACCGAGCACAGAAGGCCAUUCUAGCAAUGCCGCAACGACCAGACCGUAUGAUAAGCAACCGGAGGAAGCGCGACGAGGAUGAGGACGAUGAGUUGGAAUGGAAUUCUAGGCGACCUCAUGGUCCCAUGGACCAGCACGAGGAAGAGGAUCAAGCAAUGGACAUUGCUACUUGA